CUCACGCCGAGGAGAGCCGGAGCCGGAGGUGGGGUGGAGUGCGAGCCUGCGGGAGGCAGGCCGCGGAGGCCGGGGCUGGCGGGGAGCGCGGCAUCGUGGCGAGGGGAAGGAAGGGAGCAAAAUGGUGGUGCUGGCGGCGGGGGGAGGGGAGCGGCGCGGGCUCGCCUGUGUCUAUUUGGGCCUCGGACCGAGGGAGGCGAGGGAAAAUCUACUCCGAUCACACCCCUCCCUCGUGCCCCCUCCCAUCUCGCGUCCCCUCCUCCCUCCCGCCUCCCUCCCUUCCUCCCUUCCUAGAGAGGGAACAACAUUCAUGUGACGGGCCCCUCUGCUGCUCCCCCGCCCCACAUCCCCGGCGCGUGGUGGGGAAGCGCUCGGAGAGCGGUUGGCAUCGAUCUCUUCAUCCCUUCCGAGGCCCGACUUCGGAUUUAUCUUUCUUAGAAGAAAGAAGCAAACUAUCAUUUUACUCACGUAGAUAUAUGAGUGUAUUUCUGAUAUUGGGGUGCUCCAGAAGAUGAUAAAGAAAUGAUAGCAGCUCCAGAAAUACCAACUGAUUUUAAUCUACUACAGGAGUCAGAAACACAUUUUUCUUCUGACACAGAUUUUGAGGAUAUUGAAGGAAAAAACCAAAAGCAAGGGAAAGGAAAAACUUGUAAAAAAGGCAAAAAGGGCCCAGGAGAAAAGAGCAAAGGUGGAAAUGGAGGAGGGAAACCUCCUUCUGGUCCAAACCGAAUGAAUGGUCAUCACCAACAGAAUGGAGUGGAAAACAUGAUGUUGUUUGAAGUUGUUAAAAUGGGCAAGAGUGCUAUGCAGUCGGUGGUAGAUGAUUGGAUAGAAGCAUACAAGCAUGACCGUGAUAUAGCACUUCUUGACCUUAUCAACUUUUUUAUUCAGUGUUCAGGCUGUAAAGGAGUUGUCACAGCAGAAAUGUUCAGACAUAUGCAGAACUCUGAGAUAAUUCGAAAGAUGACUGAAGAAUUUGAUGAGGAUAGUGGAGAUUAUCCGCUUACGAUGGCUGGUCCUCAGUGGAAGAAGUUCAAAUCCAGCUUUUGUGAAUUCAUUGGUGUAUUAGUACGGCAAUGUCAAUAUAGUAUCAUAUAUGAUGAAUACAUGAUGGAUACAGUCAUUUCACUUCUUACAGGAUUAUCUGACUCACAAGUCAGAGCAUUUCGACACACAAGCACCUUGGCAGCUAUGAAGUUAAUGACAGCUUUGGUGAAUGUGGCACUAAAUCUUAGCAUUAAUAUGGAUAAUACACAAAGACAGUAUGAGGCAGAACGGAAUAAAAUGAUUGGAAAACGAGCCAAUGAGAGACUAGAACUCUUGCUACAAAAACGGAAAGAGCUUCAGGAAAAUCAAGAUGAAAUAGAAAAUAUGAUGAAUGCAAUAUUUAAAGGCGUGUUUGUACAUAGAUACAGGGAUGCAAUAGCUGAAAUCCGAGCUAUAUGCAUUGAGGAGAUUGGCAUUUGGAUGAAAAUGUAUAGUGAUGCCUUUCUUAAUGACAGUUAUUUAAAGUAUGUUGGUUGGACUAUGCAUGAUAAGGAGUAGCGAAGAAGUUCUUACUGCAGAAGAUUGUGAAAAUGUCUAUCAUCUGGUUUAUUCAGCUCAUCGACCAGUAGCAGUAGCAGCUGGAGAGUUUCUCUAUAAAAAGCUCUUCAGUCGUAGAGAUCCAGAGGAGGAUGGAAUAAUGAAAAGAAGGGGAAGACAAGGUCCGAAUGCCAACCUUGUUAAGACAUUGGUAUUUUUCUUUCUGGAAAGUGAGUUGCAUGAACAUGCCGCAUACCUUGUGGAUAGCAUGUGGGACUGUGCUACUGAGCUGCUGAAAGACUGGGAAUGUAUGAAUAGCUUGUUGCUAGAGGAGCCACUUAGUGGAGAGGAAGCACUAACAGACAGACAAGAGAGUGCUCUGAUUGAAAUAAUGCUUUGUACUAUUAGACAAGCUGCUGAAUGUCAUCCUCCUGUGGGAAGAGGAACAGGAAAAAGGGUCCUGACAGCAAAGGAGAAGAAGACCCAGUUGGAUGACAGGACAAAAAUCACUGAACUGUUUGCUGUGGCCCUUCCUCAGUUAUUAGCAAAAUACUCUGUAGAUGCGGAAAAGGUGACUAACUUGUUGCAGUUGCCUCAGUACUUUGAUUUGGAAAUAUAUACCACUGGAAGAUUAGAAAAGCAUUUGGAUGCCUUACUGCGUCAGAUACGAAAUAUUGUAGAGAAGCACACAGAUACAGAUGUUUUAGAGGCAUGUUCUAAAACUUACCAUGCACUCUGUAAUGAAGAAUUCACAAUCUUUAACAGAGUAGAUAUUUCAAGAAGUCAACUGAUAGAUGAAUUGGCAGAUAAAUUUAAUCGGCUUCUUGAGGAUUUUCUACAAGAGGGUGAAGAACCUGAUGAAGAUGAUGCUUAUCAGGUAUUGUCAACAUUGAAGAGAAUCACUGCAUUUCAUAAUGCUCAUGAUCUGUCUAAAUGGGAUCUGUUUGCUUGUAAUUACAAACUGUUGAAAACCGGAAUUGAAAAUGGAGAUAUGCCUGAACAGAUUGUUAUUCAUGCACUUCAGUGUACUCACUAUGUAAUCCUUUGGCAGCUUGCUAAGAUAACUGAAAGCAGUUCUACAAAGGAGGAUUUACUGCGUUUAAAGAAACAGAUGAGGGUAUUUUGUCAGAUAUGUCAGCAUUACCUGACCAACGUGAAUACUACUGUUAAGGAACAGGCCUUCACUAUUCUAUGUGAUAUUUUGAUGAUCUUCAGCCAUCAGAUUAUGUCAGGAGGACGAGAUAUGUUAGAGCCAUUAGUUUACACCCCUGAUUCUUCAUUGCAGUCAGAGUUGCUCAGCUUCAUUUUGGAUCAUGUCUUCAUUGAACAGGAUGAUGAUAAUAAUAGUGCAGAUGGCCAGCAAGAGGAUGAAGCCAGUAAAAUUGAAGCUUUGCACAAGAGGAGAAAUUUACUUGCAGCCUUUUGUAAGCUAAUUGUAUAUACUGUGGUAGAGAUGAAUACAGCUGCAGAUAUCUUCAAGCAGUAUAUGAAGUAUUAUAAUGAUUAUGGAGAUAUUAUCAAAGAAACAAUGAGUAAAACGAGGCAAAUAGACAAAAUUCAGUGUGCUAAGACCCUGAUUCUCAGUUUGCAACAGCUUUUUAAUGAAAUGAUACAGGAAAAUGGCUAUAAUUUUGAUAGAUCAUCUUCAACAUUUAGUGGCAUAAAAGAACUUGCUCGACGUUUUGCUUUAACUUUUGGACUUGAUCAGUUGAAAACAAGAGAGGCCAUUGCCAUGCUACACAAAGAUGGCAUAGAAUUUGCUUUUAAAGAACCUAAUCCACAAGGAGAGAGUCAUCCACCUUUAAAUUUGGCUUUUCUUGAUAUUCUGAGUGAAUUUUCUUCUAAACUACUUCGACAAGACAAAAGAACAGUGUAUGUUUACUUGGAAAAGUUCAUGACCUUUCAGAUGUCACUCCGAAGAGAAGAUGUGUGGCUUCCACUUAUGUCUUAUAGAAAUUCUUUGUUAGCUGGUGGUGAUGAUGACACCAUGUCAGUCAUUAGUGGAAUCAGCAGUCGGGGUUCAACUGUACGGAGUAAAAAAUCAAAACCAUCUACAGGAAAACGGAAAGUGGUUGAGGGCAUGCAGCUUGCACUCACUGAAGAAAGCAGUAGUAGUGACAGUAUGUGGUUAAGCAGAGAACAAACACUGCACACCCCUGUUAUGAUGCAGACACCACAGCUUACCUCCACUAUUAUGAGAGAACCCAAAAGAUUACGGCCUGAGGAUAGCUUCAUGAGUGUCUAUCCAAUGCAGACUGAGCAUCAUCAAACUCCUCUUGAUUAUAACACGCAGGUAACAUGGAUGUUAGCUCAAAGACAACAAGAGGAAGCAAGGCAACAGCAGGAGAGAGCAGCAAUGAGCUAUGUUAAACUGCGAACUAAUCUUCAGCAUGCCAUUCGGCGUGGUACAAGCCUAAUGGAAGAUGAUGAAGAGCCAAUUGUUGAAGAUGUUAUGAUGUCCUCAGAAGGAAGGAUUGAGGAUCUUAAUGAGGGAAUGGAUUUUGACACAAUGGAUAUAGACUUGCCACCAUCAAAGAACAGACGAGAGAGAACAGAACUGAAGCCUGAUUUCUUUGAUCCAGCUUCAAUUAUGGAUGAAUCAGUUCUUGGGGUGUCAAUGUUUUAAUACCAGUACACAAUUAAAUCUGUGGUGAAGUCAUUUUCUAAGUGGAAGAGGAAAUUUUAAAAUAAAGUGUGGUAGAUACAGUGAAAUUCUGUACAGAUUUUUCUCUAAGGAGAAUAUGACUUGCUUAUGCUUACCAAGAUCAAGUGCAUUGAGGGGCAGUUUUGUUUGCCUGAAAAACAUAAAGGACAAGUAAACAAUUUGAUGAUAAGCUACAGUUUUUCUUAGAAAGUAAAUAUUUUAUUUAUGCGCUGUUAGUUGGCUUUUAAAUCAAUUAUUUCAUGCUUUUUUAAAAAAAUAACUAUAACAAUCUGAAGAGGCAUUUGGUACAGAUAAGAAUCCUCUCACAUUUAUUUACUGGUUGUACUAAAUAAUGAUGACCUCUGCUGGAUUUCUGUUUACAUCCAAGAAACAAAGUAAGGAUGAAUUUAUUCCCUGACCCCUGAAAUUGUAGGAUAGAAUGAAUUGUUUUUAGCAUUCUAAAUUUAAAUGCUUAAAACGUCAAUCAAUACUUUGUUUUAAAUAUUGUAAUUGUGGAGAAAAGUUAAACUUAUAAGCAGAACUUUUACAAUUUUUUCAUCUAAAAUGUAUUUUAAGAUAUUUUUAAAAUCCAAGAGCUUCUCUAUACUUUUCAGAACUAUCCAGAUGUAAUGAACUGCCAGAAGGUAACCAGUCUCAAACAUGCUUAUCCCACUAUCAACCCUGAAAGUUUGCUUGUCCUUUAAGAUAAAAAUGUAAUGUUGUGAUAUUCCUUCCAGUAGUGCCACUGUAUUUUGUCUCCAAAUAAAAGAAGCUUAUUGUAGUAUGUUUGCAGAAAAAUUCUAAACAAAAAUUAUACAGCUUAUUAGAGUGUGGGAAUAGGGAUCUAAAUUUUAAAUAAAAUUAUAUAUAUAUAUAAAUUGGUGCUGAUUUUAUAAUUGCGCAGUUUGUUUAGUUUUUUCUUACUUUUAAAUUCCAACUUAAAAUUAUGAGGUUUCAGAAAUAUAUUGAAAGUUUAACAAUGUUUAAAAAUAGAAAAGCAUGAGUGUUCAUGCUUUAAAAUGAUUUUUAAAUUUGUAUUUUAUAUUGUUUUAUCUAUCUGUCUUUGCAAGCAGUCUUCAGGUUAAAGAUACUUCUAACAGGUUACAGUACACUUCCUCUGUAUGUAAAUUAGAUGGGAUAAUAGAAUUCAUAACCCAUAAUAUUCUUUGAAAGCUAAGCUUUAAACUUCAUUUUAUGUCCUUUCACAAAUGAAUUAGUUUAAAACAGAAAGUGGCUACUUGCCAUUUUGACAUCAACUCAUUUUGCGAGGCUUAGGCAGCUAGACAUCGUUUAAAACAAAAUAUUAACUUAUAUCACGUGUAUCUAUCUUUUGUCAGUCGUCUCUCAGUUCUUGAGGUUAUUAUUUUAAUCAUUCCAUGCCUUAAUAUGCUUGCAAUACAAGUAUAUCUUCAGAUGGGUGAAUACCAAAAGGCUUCCAGUUUUUAGAGUCAGAAAUCAAUAAGCAUUGGGCUGUGGUAGCCAAAAACCAUAGGUUAGCUAAAAGAUCAUAAUAAAAUACAAUUAUUUUAUUAAAUCAUGGUUAACAAAUGAAACCGGACUUGUCUAACAGAUUUUUCAUCAACAAAUAUUGUUAUGUGCAAAAGUAUUGCAUAUGUUGUUUUACACCACUGCAUUUACUAGAACUGCUGAGAGGACUGUAUAUAUGAUUUUAAACCUAAGUUGAUUUUUUUCUCACUCUUGAGGGGAGUACUUCUUUGUGAAAGCAGUUCUUACAGCUUUGUUUUCAACCAGCUAAAAAUGUUUUAUAUAUUACUCUAACCUGUUGUCCUCCACAUUCUAUUGUCCUAAUUGUACUGUUUUCUGAUUUGUAUUUAUGUCUUGAGACAGUAACUUUUUGAAUAAAAAUAAACCUACAGUAUGUUGUA